UUUGGUGGCCUUGUCCUUGUUUUGAUCGGUGAGAUAGUCAUGCUUUCUCUUCCGGCCCACGAACAAAUCGCAGGAACCGCCGCCGGGGCAAUCGUAUUCCUAUUCAUGCAUAUUUUCUUCUACGCCAGCUUCAUCGAUGCCACAACCUGCAUUUACGUGUCCGAGAUCUUCCCCACUCGUCUCCGGGCAAUCGGCAGCGGCCUGUCCAUCAGCGGCCUCUUCCUCGCCAGUCUGGACCCUGAUUCUUCAUCCAAACUACGUCGUCGGCGUUCAAAGCCAUCCACUGGCGAUACUAAAUUGUAUUUACGGUGCUCACAUUCACCAUUGUCAUCCUGCUCUGGCUCUUCUCCCCCGAGACAAAAGGCCUCAGCUUUGAGGAGGUCGCGAAAAUCUUCGGCGACCCUGUC